UUGUAUCUGUUUUUCUUCUUCUUCAAGAAACCAGGGGAAAAAAAAAACAAAUUGAGGGAUGGGUUUCUUAGAGUUAUUGGAAGUGGCUUCAAUGCCAAUCGUUCAAGUUCUCCUAAUCAGCGUCCUUGGUGCUUUCUUGGCAACCGAUUACUGCUCCCUCCUCUCCGCUGACACCCGAAGAUCCGUGAACAAGCUCGUCUUCGUGGUCUUCACCCCCUGCAUCAUGUUUGCCAAUCUUGCCCAGACAGUCACAUUGCAGGACAUUAUUUCAUGGUGGUUCAUGCCGAUAAAUGUUGGAAUCACCUUUCUAGUAGGAGGUAUCCUUGGAUGGUUGGUUGUCAAACUGCUCAAUCCAAAACCUCAACUUCAUGGUCUCAUAAUCGCAACAUGUGCCUCAGGCAAUAUGGGAAACCUUAUGCUGAUUCUGGUGCCUGCCAUUUGUGAUGAGGAAGGCAGUCCUUUUGGGAAUCGAAGUGUAUGCAGAUCCAUUGGACUAUCUUACGCAUCUUUCUCUAUGGCCCUUGGGGGUUUCUAUAUAUGGACAUACAGUUACCAACUUGUGAGAAGCUCUGCUACACAGUUCAGAGCUCUUGAAGCCGCCGCCUUGGUCAAGUCUGCCAACAAGGACAUCGACGCUGGUCCCCACAGUCUUCUUCUGAAGCCGCAACAAAGUCAAGACCUUGAAAUCCAAGUGAAAGAAAAGGUGUCUACGGGAGCAUACAUCAAGGACUUGCUCCAUCAGAUUCUUGAGGAACUCUUCGCGCCACCCACUAUUGGUGCCAUUCUUGGUUUCGUCUUCGGAGCAACCAAUUGGCUGAGGAAUCUUAUAAUAGGGGAGAAUGCCCCGUUGCGAGUCAUUCAAGAUUCAGUGAAACUACUUGGGGACGGCACAAUACCUUGCAUCACACUCAUACUGGGGGGAAACCUGAUUCAGGGUCUGCGUUCCUCAGCCGUGAAAACGUCAGUGAUUGUGGGAGUGAUCUGUGUGAGGUAUAUAAUCCUUCCUGUGGUGGGUGUAGGGGUGGUUCAGUUAGCAUGGAAUUUAGGCUAUCUUCCUCCGGACCCUCUCUUCCGAUACGUUCUCAUGCUUCAGUUCACACUGCCACCUGCCAUGAAUAUCAGUACAAUGGCACAGCUGUUCGACGUUGCUCAAGAUGAGUGCUCGGUCAUCUUUUUGUGGACAUAUUUGGUUGCAUCCUUAGCCCUCACCGUGUGGUCAACCAUAUUUCUCUCCAUUCUCUCCUGAAUCUGAUUAGCGAAAAGCAAAUCCUUGUAUUGGUGUAUAAUACAAAUAAUUACUAUGUUUGAUUUGUUAAUACUCUUUAAUUUGAGUACCAGUGUAUUCAUGUUGCAAAAUAAAACAGAGAAAAAGACCUAAGUUUAUGAAGUCUUGUCUCUGAUUUUUUCUUUUCUAGAAAUGAGAAUAGACACAAAU